GAGCUUUUUUGUUUGCUUGUUUGAGAAACCUUGCUACCUUGCUCGGACGGGACUUCUCCGAUCGCUUGAUCGCACAGUAUCCGUCGGUAUCAGAGCGUUCCCUGCGCGCUUUAGUAAUCCCGGCUGCUUCUAAUGAAUGAAUUCGGGAAAAGGACUUGGAAGUUUUGGUGCGUUUUAAACUAUCGCUUCGCCAUAGCUACUAUCCCUACAUCUCAACUCCAGCGAUUUUUUUCGGGAGCCGGAAUCGAGAGAUUUUAGCUCCUAAGAAAACUUUUCUCCAUGGCUGACAACGACAAUGUGGUAUUUCACCAGCAGCUACUAUCAAUUGAUGAAAACUUAGGGAAGGACGAUGUAGAAGAUCUGAAAUUUCUCUGUUCUGAUUUCAUCUCAUUAAAGAAGCUGGAAACAGUGAAAUCAGCCCUGGAUAUUUUCCAGUUUCUCAUCAAUGAGGACUUAAUUAAUAAGGAUGAUACUUUUCUCAUAGCAGAGCUUCUCUACAUUAUCGGGUGUAACUCUCUGCUCCAGAAACUUGGUUAUACUAAAGUGAUUGUUCAAGAAGAACUGCCUAAGAGAGGAAAGGUAUCUGGUUAUCGACAGUUGCUGUAUAAAAUAACACAAGACCUCACAAAGGAUAAUGUGGAGAAUGCUGCGUUUCUUCUGAAGAUCCAUCUCCCAAAGAAGCAACCCAUUAAGUCAGCUUUGGAGUUGCUGACUUCCCUGGAGAAAAAAGGCCUUCUACUGGAGUCUGACCUGAGCGUUAUUGAAUGUAUCUGCCAGAAAAUAGCACCUCAUCUCCUGAAGAAAAUACAUAUGUACAAACAAGCAAAAGAACACCUUUACGAUGAAAAAUUUGGGAGCCUACGAGAGCACAGUGGAAAAAUUUGUUCUUUAGCUGCAAAUCUAGAUCUCAAGGCAGAACCUGUGUUUGAUUCCUUGGGACAGGGGUUGCAACAAACUCCCAGGGAUACGAAUGCUGUGACGUUAUCUCAGUAUAAAAUGGAUGGGGAGUGCAGAGGAUAUUGUCUUAUUAUUAACAAUGUCAAUUUUGAAGGUGGUCUCAGAAAAAGGAAUGGAUCUGAGAAAGAUGCCAUGGAGUUGAAACACGUGUUCACUUGGCUUGGAUUCAAAGUGAAAAAGUAUGACGACCAGUCUUCCACAGAAAUUCAAAACCUUUUGCAGUUCUGGCAGUCUUCUAUGGAUUGGAAAGACGGUGACUGUCUGGUAUGCUGUAUUCUAUCUCAUGGAAAGUCUGGGCAAAUUUUUGGGACAGAUGAAUGUCUGAUUCCAAUCCGUACCAUCACAUCAUACUUCAAAGCCAACCAUUGCCCAUUGUUGGCUCAGAAACCUAAGCUAUUCUUCAUCCAGGCCUGUCAAGGUGAAAAGACACAGCAGCCAGUCCGCCUUGAAGAAGACACCGGCCAUGCUACCUCAUUUGAACCAGAUGCACAAAGUUCAGGAUUUGUGUCUUCCCGGCAGCUGACCUCAAGUAUUCCAGAUGAAGCAGAUUUCCUGCUUGGCAUGGCCACUGUAGAUGGCUAUCUCUCUUUCCGGCAUGUACAUGAAGGGAGUUGGUACAUUCAGGCUCUUUGCAGUAAGUUGCAGCUCCUGGUGCCAAGAGGUGAAGAUAUAUUAUCCAUUCUUACAGAAGUCAAUGAAGAAGUGAGCAAACGUGCAGAUGCUCAAGGUGAAAAGAAACAAAUGCCCCAACCAGCUUAUACUCUCAGGAAAAAAUUGAUCUUCCCUGUGCCUAAAGAACCCUUUGUGUCAUCAAAGCAGAGUUCAGACAUGCAAUAAUUUAGAUUGCUGGGGACAUAGAGAGAAAAGAUUGGUGAGUUCCAAAAGAACUCUCUUGUUUUCAUUAAUUCUUUGCUGUGCUUUGAACAGGAAUACCUGUUGUCUUCUCAAAGCUAUUUGAUGUUUAAGAAGAUGAAGAGGCAUGUACUUUCUCCAUCCGCCAUUCAUUGCAUAUGUAAAAAAUGAUUUGUAUGAUCAGCACAUUUCUUAAGCAAGGCUUCUUUUCUAGAGCUGAAGGAUAUCAGAUAUGGUCUAACUAGGUUUACUUCAUUGGGAAGGAGUAGACUGCAGAAUCAUUGAUACUCAGCAAUAUAUCUCCAAGCCCAGGAGCAACCUUUGUGGGUUAAACGAGAUCUUUUUUAUUAUUACCACAAUAAAUAAAUUAAUAUGUCCUUCAGCUAUUAAAUACAGUGGAUACUCUGCUAUAUUUAUUUAAUGUUUUAUAGAGGCAGGGAAGAUGCAUUUUGCAGAAGCCUUGAUUGUAGAUUUUGCCUAAGUUUCAACUCUCUUGCAAGAAGUUAAUGAAAUCCAGAACUAAAGCCAUAUAAAAGACAGAACAUAGUAGUUCUGUUUCCCCUGUUCAAUGGGAAAAUGUUUCGUCUAAUCCACAGCAGAUAGGGACUGUACAUUGUAAAUUGUACAUGUACAGUUGCAAAUUGAACAUCUGAACAGUUGCAUUAGGGUGAGGAGGAAAUACAGUGAAAUGAUAAAUUACAAUGCAGGGUUUCAGAGCAGAGAGGUAAGACUUCAACAAAGAAAUGAUGGAUAACUAAUGAUACAUUGUUGCAAAGACUGGCAAAGGAGGCCACAAAGAGGCCAAUCUCAAGCCAAUAAAAAUUGUAUCAGGAAAGAAA